UAUUGCAUGGGGGAACAACAGCACAAAUAACAACAGAAAGAACAACCGAAGGAACAAUAGAGACAACGACAGAAACGAGUACAGCAGCAACGGUAGCGGAAACAACCGAAGCAACAACAGAAGCAACAACAAAGGCAACUACAGAUGGGACAACAGAGGGUCCUACUCAAGCGCAAAUAUUAUCAACAUCAAAAACAGAAAAAUAUGGGCCGUUUACUGUAAGUCCUUUACAUUAUCCAGAUCUGUAUGUAAAUGUACACAUAAACAAUGGCCAGUCGUCUGGUUCUCUCGUGUUACAGAACACAACACAAUCUGUCAUUUACUUUUAUUCCCCUCCAAUUGGAUUAAACGAGACAGAAUGCAGACAAAUCACAUUGGAGAU